CGUGUUCUCCAAGAAAAGAUUCGUCUAUUUAAUAAUCUCAGCCUGUCUUCAUUUGCUUCUCCAAAGUUACAACUUCUUAUUAGUCAAUUUUCUCGACACCAAUAGCACCAUAAUGGAAACAAUACCGGAGAAUUUCUUCAUUCUGUUAGACGGAUCUAUACCUCUACUACUGUUCGCUGCACCAUUUUCGAUGUCGGUCAUGUUCACAAAAUUGUCAAAGCUUUCACACACAUUAUGCCGCCAGGAUUUCAGUGACAUGGCGAAAGUAACUUACACGGUUUGCAUCGUGAACAUCGUUUUCUUCGCGAGUAUGAUACCGUUAUAUUUUUGGAAGGUUCUGAAAGUACCUUUGCGGCGACGUCUCAUUAAUUUGUAUCUGGCGAUGUCAUCGUCCACGGUGACAUUUUUCUACCUGUCUUACGUGUGCAUCUUGGGAGCGUGCUUCAAGAAACUUAACAAAAAUCUGAUACAGUUGAAUGGACCUUUGUCAGGCCGUCAUAAAGAAUUGACAGAGAAGCAAUUGUCACGAAGACAGAGUAUCAUGUUGUUGAUGAAGGUGAAAUAUUACGAGGAGGUGCACGAGGAAAUCAGCGACGCUGUCGAAUACCUGAAUACAAUGUUUCGUACAAUAAAUAUCGUUUCUGCGACUGUCACUUUCGCUGUGGUCACUUUUGAUUUGUACAAUACGAUCGCGCAAUGGUACGUCAGCGAUAAUGUAACAACGACGCGAGAUCGCAUGUCUCAAGUGUUUGAGGGAUUAACAUAUGUGGUAUUAAGGUUUGGGAAGUUCUGCAUAGUGGUUUGGGUCUGCGAAACUGCCGCGAACUAUGCAGCGGAGAUCAUUACCACGAUUCAUGAUUGUGUUAGCCACUGCGCGGAUGACACUAUCAAGCGCGAGGUAAUUGGCCAGUUAGAUUGCAAGCUUUUAUUUCACUUUUGUAAAUGAAAAGGGAAGAAAGGUGUUAUUGACACGUUAAGCGCUGAACAAUUGAAGCAAAAUAUCCGCAACGUUAAAGUAUACACUAGUGGACAAAAUGAUAAGGCACCUCAAGAUUUUUGGUAGAGUAAUGACAAGGGCAACUAUCGACUAUAUAGGAAAUACGGAAAUAAAAUUUUUUCAAGGAAGUAUAAAUACUUAAAUUUAAUCAAGGGACGGAUAGAGACUUACGCUGGCAGAAUUGCUGGGACAAAAUAUAUAUUUCAGCAAGAUAAUGCAGCUGUGCGUAUCGCUCGCAUAGUAAAAAAUUAUUUUGAAACGGAAAAUGUAAAGGUUUUAAAUUGGCCAGCAAAGUCUCCUGACAGAAGCAUUAUCGAGAAUGUUUGGGGAAAUCUCAGCCGAAUAUUACAUGAAGAUGGGAAGCAGUAUAAUACAGUGUCCGAAUUGAAAUCUGCAAUUUUAGAAUCUUAGGAAAGCUUGGAUCAAAAGUAUACAUAUAAAAGAUCUGUAUAGAAGUUUACCAAGAAGAAUGAUUAAAAGGGGAACAACGUAAAAGACUGUCCACACAUUACUAAAACUUAAACAAACUAUGUAAUUUUAUUUUAUUUUAAUGCUUUUAUUAUUUCAUAUUCAGAGUGAAUUAUCGUUUUGUCCGCGCAAAAUAUUUUUUAUUUUGUAUGAAUAACAAAUGGGUCGAACGAUUUCUUCAUAUAUUAUGCCAAACUGGUAUCUUAUUUUGUUGUGUAUUCAUUUCCCAUGUAUAUGUGCAAAUAGAUGUUUAUAU